UUACUAACUUCAAUUCUUUUACUACUCAAGAAAAAGAAGAAUAACGUAACCUCAAUUCCACUCAAAGUUUAAUAUAGAAUUUAGAUUUUAAUGAAAUAAAGUUAAGGGAAAGAUAUAAAAUGUCCACUAGAUGGUAUCCCAUAUAUCAAAAGGGGAACCCUCAAUUGAGGGUGUUCCUGCCUAAUUUUUGGAUGAAACUCGUCCGACCUGUGAUUAAACAGCCCCCGAAUGUAGUACAAUUUUCUUGUUCCAUGGAAAUGACGAAACACGACAUUAAAAACUAUCUAGAGAAAAUAUACAACGUUAAAUGCGUAGACGUACGAACCAGAAUACACAUGCCGAAAACUAGAUUAGAACCUACAUUUGGCUACGUCAUCAAAGACGAUGACGUCAAAUACGCUUACGUCACAUUGCCCAAAGGCGAAGAAUUCCAGUUCCCCGAUUUGUUCGAACUCGACCAAACCAAGAAGGACGAAGAAGCGAACCAAGAGAAAGCCCUCAAGCAAUCCCAAGAAAGUUACGAUAAGUUUUUAGAGAAGAACAAAGAGCGAGAAAACAUGCCCGGUUGGUUUUCCGUAUAACAAAACAAACGUAAUAUUUUAGAUGUUUAUUAGUAAUAAAUAAAUUCACUGGAAGUACACGUUUUUAGUGAAUAUCGC